AGCUGACACUCGGGGGGCAGUGAUUCCUGGCUCUGGGCUGCUCUAGUUUCACCUGUUCUGUCCCACCUCUGUCAUCAUCGCUGAAGGUUGACUUGCGAUCGACAGUUGUACAAAGCUGGUCCGGUCCAAGAAAAUAAUAAAAAAGGAAAAACACUUCAGCAUCCAGCCGCUGGGCGAAGAGGGCAGAGUCGCUCCUUCAAGAAGCGAGAGGGCUAGCGUCGACACAACUGGCCUGAUUAAAGGGAAGGAAUGAGAUUGAGAAAUGAAAUAUAACCACGUGGAGUAGAAGAGAUCGGUUUUGAUAAAAGACUUGGAAUUUUUCCUGUGGUGAAAGUAAAUGUACGACAACAUGAGGAUCUGCAGAGAGUUAAUCUUCGGAGCCAUGUAAUCCAAGAUAGGAAAAAAUAAAGAGUUGUCCAGGAAAGGUAUUGAGGCGAUGGGUAACCUGCUGAAAGACCUUCACCUCUGAGCUGUGGAACUACUGACUGGAUGGUGCUGUCUGAGCUCUUCAUAUGUCAUGUAGCUGAGGGAUCCAGCUUUCAAGAAAUAGGGAACCUGCUCGGAUCUGCUUUGACUUGCAGAAUCCAGUUUGGAGAAUCAUCACUGUCUGCUAAUAAGCAGCCAUCAUUUCAGCCCUCUGAUAUCUUAGCUGUUCUGCUUAACUUAUCAGUGGAUUAUAAACCAAUUCCAAACCUUUGAAGACAAGACAACAGAAGCAUUCGCUAAAUAAGGCCCACCUCGGAGUGCAUAGCCACCAUGGCCCUGGGCUUUCCGAGUUAUCUGUUGCUGGCAGCAAGUACUUUAUGUACAAUUGGAUUUACUCAGCCCCUUUCUAAGGAGGAUGACGUUGUUCCAAGGAUUGCUUUCGAAUACAAUAACACAGACAGACCUGUCAAACAUUUCCAUCGAGACGGAGUGCAGAACUACACAAAGCUGCUGCUGAGUCCUGAACAUGGAGUGCUCUUCAUUGGUGCAAAAAAUGCCAUUUUCUCCUUGGACAUUUUUAAUAUUGCUCCCAAUGAGUUUAAAAAUGAGGUGGUUUGGGAAGUCCCAGAGCAGAAGAGGAACGAAUGUCACUUUAAGGGGAAGAGCCUGUCGAGUGAUUGCUUCAACUACAUCAAAAUCCUCCUUCAGGUGAACAGUACACACGUUUAUGUUUGUGGGACUUACGCUUUCAGCCCCACUUGUGCCUACAUCCAUAUCGCAAACUUCUCUCUGGCAAAAAGUCCGUUUGGUAAUCUCUUAACAGAAGAUGGAAAAGGCCGCUGUCCCUUUGACCCGACCUAUAAGUCGACUGCAAUUAUGGUUGAUGGGAAUUUGUAUGCAGGAACUGUCAGCAAUUUUCAAGGGAAUGAGCCAAUCAUUUCAAGAAGUCUAGGAAACAAACCUCCCUUAAAAACUGAGAACUCUCUCAAUUGGCUCCAGGAUCCAGCAUUUGUAGGUUCAGAGUUUAUUCAGGACGGAGUCUCUGGAAAGACUUCUGGCAGCAAUGAUGGAAAAAUCUACUUCUUCUUCAGCGAAACUGGCAAAGAAUUUGACUUUUUUGAGAACACCAUCGUAUCACGGAUAGCUCAAAUCUGUACGGGUGAUAUAGGAGGAGAACGUGUCCUUCAGAAAAGGUGGACAACAUUCCUGAAAGCCCAGCUAUCCUGUUCUCUUCCUGAUGAUGGCUUCCCAUUUAAUGUUAUUCAGGAUAUGUUUGUUCUGUCUACUCGAAAAGAGGAUUGGGAAAACACAACCUUUUAUGGAGUUUUUACUUCUCAGUGGUACAAGGGCGGGGGAGCCACUUCUGCUGUUUGUGCAUACUCUAUGGAAGAUGUGAAGAGGGCCUUCAAUGGAAGAUACAUGGAAGUGAAUCGGGAGACACAGCAAUGGUAUCCCUAUAAUCAUGUUGUUCCUGAACCAAGGCCAGGAGCUUGCAUUACAAAUGCAGCAAGAGCCAUGAACAUAAAUUCUUCAUUCCAAAUGCCAGACAAGGUGCUGAAUUUUGCAAAAGAUCACUUUCUGAUGGAAGAGAUUGUCAAGAGCCAGCCCUUGCUAAUGAAGAAACAUGUGAAGUACAUCCAGAUCACUGUGGACAGAGUCCAGACUAUCUCGGGCUAUUACGACGUGUUGUUUUUGGGCACAGAAAAUGGAAUAUUGCACAAAGCUAUAAAGGUGAAUCAUAAGGUUCAUAUUAUUGAGGAAAUUACUCUCUUCGCUGAACCACAACCCGUGCAGAAUCUGAUAUUGGAUUCGAAACAGGGCAUGUUGUACGCAUCGUCAUUCUCUGGAGUGGUUCAGCUACCCGUCUCAAAUUGCAACAUUUAUCCGAGCUGCGGAGAGUGUGUCCUGGCCAGAGACCCUUACUGUGCCUGGGAUGGGAAUGUAUGCAGAGAUAUGCGAGGGUUGCAAACAGGACUCCAUUGGAAGCAGGACGUUGAGAGAGGCCGACCAGAGCAACAGUGUCAGCAACAUGACAGCUCCUCAUUAGGUCCCAGGGCAUUACGGCCAUCUCCAGGUACCACCUCCUGUGAGACGGUCACUGUGAGACCCAACAGUUUCAGGGUGCUGACAUGCAAAGUGCAGUCAAACUUUGCCACCAGGACGUGGACUCACAAUGGGGCAGCAGUCGAUGACAGUUUCAUGGUGCUUCCCGAUGGUGGGAUCAUUGCUACAGCGGAACCUCUGGGGGUCUACGAAUGCUGGGCCAUAGAAGAGGACUUUUGGCUCCUGGUCGCAAACUACUGCAUGCGAUUGGAUGGUUCUCCAGAGGCCACGACCUUGCAUGCAUCAAGAAAGUCCAUCCAGGGAUUGAAUGAUGGACCUGGAUCACAAGGGAAAGGGAUCAUUAUCAAUCCGCUCAGCAGUGAGAGCCGCUUCCCUCAGCUCACCAAUGGCAAGACUUACUGGACGGAGUUUGUAGCAGUAAGCGUGGUCUUUGGGUUAACACUUGCGGUCUUGUCCCUUGUCCUUUUGUACCGGAACAGAGACAAAAUGAAAUCGCUGAUUAAGGACGGUGAGUGCUCGAACAUACAGCAAAAGAAGCAAAGGAAGAUUGAGAUUCCUCACGAAAGCUUGCCUUUGAAUGGAAACCCAGUGCAAGUGGUAGCCUCUGAGCAUCACAAAGGCUACCAGAGUCUGAAUGAUAACCAUAUCUGCAGUACCCCUGUGCUGGAAAACGCUCUCAAUGACAAGGACUCUGGGUACCCCGAGUCGCCGAACAACCAAAUGAACCAAAAAAACUUGUACGUGGAGAUUUCUGCUCAUUGUCCCCACCCAAGGGUGAGGAUUGGUUCUGAAAUCAAAGACUCUGUAGUGUGAGACGGCAGAGUGAGUUUGAACUAUGGCACCAACUAAAGCCUUCCUAUAAAGGACGGGGCACACAAAAUUUGGGAAAAAAUAGCUUGGCAGCUUACAAGACUAAAAUUGUUGUUCUGUGCCAUGUACACUUUCUAUUCUGUAUGUGAACCACAUGCAUGGAUGGUUAUUGGUGUGGAAACUGAGCUUAUAGUAAACCUGUGUGUCUGUGACCAUCCACCAAGCAGCAUGGAACAGCGCAUGACAUAUUGACUGGCAAUUUUUCCCAAUCCGUUUGCAAUUUAGGGCUCAUGGUAUGUGACAUUGAUAUUCAAUUUCUUGUUUUU